AUGGGUGGAACGGAUUGGCUGGAAAUUGGCCCGCCAACACUCGACCGUCCCUUCGGUCUGGCAUUAUGGCCCAUCUUCGAGAAGGUGUUUGAGCCCAUCGUAGGGUACAAGCCGCAGGAUUUCCGCUUCGUACAAGGGGAGACGCCGCUUUCGACAUUCAAAGUCUGUGUUAUUACGCUCAUCACAUACUACAUUGUAAUCUUCGGGGGCCGGGAGCUUAUGCGCAACCGUGAGCCGUUCAAGCUCAACUUUUUCUUCAAGGUGCACAACUUUUACCUCACGGCCAUUAGCGGGACUCUCCUGCUGCUCUUCGCGGAGCAAUUGAUCCCCACGGUUGCGCGGAAAGGUCUUUUCUUCGCCAUUUGCGACCACCAGGGUGGCUGGACGGAUAAGCUUGUCAUUCUCUACUACCUCAACUACCUCACCAAGUUCCUCGAGCUGAUCGACACGUGCUUCCUGUUUUUGAAGAAGAAGCCCUUGACCUUCCUCCACACCUACCACCAUGGCGCGACCGCUCUCCUCUGCUACACCCAGCUCAUUGGACACACUCCCGUCUCAUGGCCCGUCAUCACCCUGAACCUGGCUGUUCACGUUGUCAUGUACUGGUACUACUUCCAGAGCGCGCGAGGCAUCCGCAUCUGGUGGAAGAAGUACAUCACCGUUGGCCAGAUCACCCAGUUCGUCCUCGACCUCGGCUUCAUCUACUUCGCCUCGUGGACCUACUUCACUAGCACCUACUGGCCACACAUGCCCAACAUGGGCGAGUGCGCUGGCGAGGAAUUCGCGGCCAUUUCGGGUAUCUGCAUCAUCACGUCGUACCUAUUCCUCUUCCUCGCAUUCUACUUCGCCACGUACAAGAAGCCGGUGCCCAAGGGCCGUCGCAGGGCUACCAGCGCGUUGGUGGAGAUGAAGGAUGAGAAGGUGCCGACUGUUGGUGAAGCCCGCAGGCGUCUUUCCAUCACUCGUGGUGGAGCCGCUAACGGUGUUGCUACAGGAGCCUCGCCCAAUGGUACUCCCAACGGACGGGCGACCCGCAGUCGCAAGGCGUAGACGGGUUCACUUGGAGAGGCGCGGUGCAGGGGGGUCGAUUGAGCUAUUUGAGGCAUUGGAUGAUGCACAAAUGUCUCAAGCAUCAUCUCACGAAUCUGUGUAGCGAGCAACACGGAACACAAUCAGACAACAGGAGCUCCCGCAUGGCCAGGCUCCUAGCACUUCGUUCUGCUACGAUAGACCCAGGUGGGCGACAAAUUUUGUACUUCUUGUAAUUGCUAUGUUUGGGGAUGGACACUUUAGUCAUCCCCCGUUACGAUAAAAGCACGUAAGAGCAUGGUUGGUCGGUCUGCUUUACGACAAUCUACGGUGUUGGUAUUGGGCUUUGGCACGGGCUGUUCGGCUGAUGUACCAAGUAGAGGAAUGACAUGUAAUGCAUAAUCAUCAAGUCGUCG